AUGUUGUACCAUGCGUUCAUGGGUUGCCAUCAAGAUAAAUACAACAUCAAUGAAAAUAUAGACUGGAACCUGUUGCUAUUACAAUAUCAUUAUGACAACGCAACUAUCUCACUAAAAGGUAUUGCCGAAUUCUGCAGAAAGAUGGGGAAGACCCAUUCGCGAUGGAAAAAAGUGGGAAUAUUGGGCGCGUCAAAAAAGAAGUUCAAUGGAAAAUAUGAUCAUAGCAGAGGGCAUGACGAUCAUAGGAGAAAUAACAUGGGAAGAAGAUAUAAUGGGAACGGACACAGCACAGAAAAACAGUCAAUUGUGUCAAAGUUUAUUGCGAAAGGAAGUUCUCAAAUGAUGCCUGGACCAGGCUAUGUUGAAUAUCCAAAGAACCCUUUUUGUGCAAGCUGCGGUCUUCCACACCCUAAGAGUAUCAUGAUAGAUGGAACUUCAUUCAAGCAUGUAUUUGACCUCGAAAAGAAAAACCAUAAUCACAAGGUGGUUGGAAAAAUUUGCACACAAGAUUAA